GUCCCUGGCCAGUCGAGCGUAUGGGGCAGACGGACGAGCAACACAGGGAGGAGGGAGCAGACCAUGACAAGGGUGAUGGGGUUGUGCCAUCGCCCUGGAGCAGUCGUACAAGAUGCAGCUUGGACGCAAUUAUGAAGUUGUUGAGCAAGUUCCUGUUGGUGAUGAAAUGUGGGAAUAAAUUGCUUGGUAGCAUGUGGAGUUAGGAAGCUUGUAGAAAACUUAAAGAACUGUGGAAGGGAGCUGAAGAAGUUGUCCAAGUGACAGUCAUGGGGCUGGAGAGAUGUGAAACCAUUGAUCUUACCCAGGGCGGUUGCAUUUAAGUCUGGUCCCAAAAGAAGUCAAGCACUUGACCCUUGACGUUUCCAUCAAAUAUCUAUGUAUGAGAACAAGCCAGUUGCAAGAGAGCAAGGAUUUUAAAACAUAUGUGGAUCAGGCUUGUAAAGCUGCAGAAGAAUUUGUCAACAUUUACUAUGAUACCAUGGAUAAAAGGAGAAGGGUGUUGAACAGACUCUAUCUGGACAAAGCUACAUUAGUUUGGAAUGGUAAUGCGUUUUCUGGGCAAGAAGCAUUGAAUAAUUUCUUUGAAUCGUUGCCAUCUAGUGAGUUCCAAGUUAAUAUGUUGGACUGCCAACCAGUUCAUGAGCAAGCUACGCAAAGCCAGAUGACGGUACUUGUUGUGACUUGUGGGACAGUAAAAUUUGAUGGCAACAAGCAACGUUACUUCAACCAGAAUUUCUUAUUGACAGCACAAGCCACCCCUAACAACCCAGUAUGGAAAAUCGCAAGUGACUGUUUCCGCUUUCAGGACUGGGCCAGUUAGUGGCAAUUGAAAAGCGAUCGCUUUCCCUCUGCAUUAUGUGAGUUUAGCUGUCUGGACAAACGUUAUCUCUUCUCCUGUUCCGUUCGUUUUGGAAGUACUGCACAACCGUCUCUCUGUAGUUUCCCAGCAACCAUGGACUGAAUGGCAGACGCUUUAAGUUGGAGGAAGUUUCCUAAAAUUAAUUGGACCAUCAUGAAAUACUCCAGGCACUGAACUGUGAUUCACAUGUGUGGGGUUGCCUUACAUGUGGUUAUGCUGGCACUUUAGGAACUCUUCUACAUCCUCUUGAGUGCUGAAGUCUCCCCUACUUGGACACUGAAUUCACUUACUACAGUCCUGUCCAAACAUGUUCAGUCAUUUUGGUUUAUAAACAUCACCUUUCAUAAGCAGUGUUUUUCCUUGUUUGAAGAAGAUAUACACUAUGACAGUGAGAAAUAGAAUUUCUUCCUCAGAACAUGUCUAUAUGAAAGUUAAAACCACUUUCUGAGCCUUGAACUUAAUUGAGCAACUUUUUUAGAGGAAGUUUUUUUCUAAAUAAUUUCUUUCCUAGUAGCUAGGUAGAAGUCCAGUCUCAAAAUUGUAGGGAAUGGAAGUGUUGUCAGUGAAUAUGAGUUGGGACUGGUAGGAUGAUGGGCAGGAUGGGCAAGUCAUGUUUUCAGCUGCCUCUGAAAGUAUAGCUUUUGUAUGCGAGUAAACUCAGGUGGGGGAAAUCUGCUCUAAAACUAUUGUUUACUUUCCUUGGUGUAUAAGAACUGCAACACUUGACUUAAUAUCGUAUCUUAACCUCCUAAUAGUUGGUUAGGAUAACCUAUGUUGAUCCAAAUAUAAGCGGUGCUGAAUAAUUCAGCUGUUAAGUCCCCUACAGCAGCAUCUAUGCUGUAUGCCAUGAUAAAGGAUAAGCCCAUCAAGGUGACUGCAGUAUAAGCUAUUUACCGAUCAGCUACGUCAUUCUGUCUUAUGUAGCUAAUAAUUCCAUUGUUACUAUGAAGGACAGAAUUACUCUUUUUUUUUUUUUUUUUUUUCCAACUUUUUUCUUCCAUCUUGAAGUUCAAAGGUUUUGUUUCAACCCUUUCAGGAAGCACUGUGAUGAGAAAUUGAUACUGAAACUGUACUGUAUGGCAUUCAGCUCUUUGGUGCAGCUAAUCAGAAUAGAUGCUUUGAGUGCCAUGAUCCUGGAAGGUUAACCUUUCUGCAUGAAGGAAGAGAAUUUUUUUUUGUUCCAAAGUUUGACUGAAACUUUCAUAAGUGUAUCUCUUAUGUACUUUGCUUUGUAUUUCUUGAAUAUUCAUCAAAAUUUUAAAAUUACUAUGUUUUAUAGAUUUUGUUUUUCAAAGAAAAUCUUAGUACUUUAAAGGCUAGAAGGUAGCCUGCCUUACUCUGAAUGAACAUUGUAGAUCUCAGAAUGGCAGUAUGUUUUGUAUUCAAACUUCUGCCUUUUUAAGUUGAGCAGAAUUAAAAGGUUUGAAGUUCAGUCGACGUGUGAAAACAAAAUAUGUGUAUCUGCUUGUAACUGAAAAUAUGGGAUGGCUACUUGUAGUUCUGUCCUGAAUGUAAGUAUUCUUGACAGAUACUUUGGAUAUUCACAUAGCUGAUACAGCCUUUUUAAUUGAAAAGUAAUGUGACUGGACAAUUUACUUUAAUAUCUUAUAACCAGAAAACUGUGAAAAUAAACCAUAUGUUAAAAUUAUGUUAAUCUCUAAAGAAUACACAAUGGCAUAUUUUGAUAUUAAGAUAAACUAGUUGGUUUUUAUUUCAUCUAGAGAGUCUCAUGACUUGCAUCAGAAAGGAAAAAAAUUAGUAAACUGGGCACCUAUAUUUAAAAAAAGAUGGCUUCCCUGUAGUAUUUCACCAAGGAACUAUGCCUUUGAGAGAGAAGAGAAAUACUAAAAAUAGUGCAAGAUCUAACUGUCUAGCAAGGUAGAUACUGUAAUUUACUGGGGAAAUGGUACAGUUUUAACUAGCAGUAAUCUAGAGAGAGUCUCGAUCUUUAUUUUAUUUUUUUCCCUUUUUAAAAUAAUUUCAAAGAAAAAAAUUAUUCUUAAAGUUUCCUGCUAGUUUUAAAUGUAGUAUUUUUCACAUACUAUCCUGGUUGUACAAACAAAACUUUCCAUCCUGUUUUGUGCAACAAUCACAGUGGGAAGUGCAUCUGGUCUGUUGCUUAGAUUUCUGGAAAAUUGGAGGAAGCAAAAUUCCACUCCAGAGAUGAAUGCUUGUCUGCUACUCUGUUCUCUUGUCACUGUACUUUCACUAGAUCCAUAAUUUAGGUGUUUGCUUUUUGGGUUUGCCCUUGCAGUGAGAAGGGUCCUGUAUCAAGGCAAUUGGAGCAAUACCUGCUAUAGGACAGAGUCCUUGAUUUUUUUUAUUUUUUUUUUUUCCCUCAUCCUUACAGAAUCACACAAACUAAACUGUAUUAGAAGUUCAAACAUCCUCAUUCCUUUAUUUGCCAUUAAGGAUUGUAAAUCACUAAAACAGCCACAAUAAAAAUCACUGUCAAGUAAUAUCUUGUGGCAUUUGAAGACUUGAUACCUGCAGCUGUUUUGCUUACCUGAUUUCUCUGGUAUUGCACACUAAUCUUUCUUUGUUUGCCGUUCUAGUUGUAUUGUGGCAGGCUGAAAGGAGGAAAGCAACAAAUUUAACUUAAAAUACUAGUGCUGCUGUUUCUUGGAGUGGAGCCUUGUAGUCUUGAUGGUUAACCAUAAGUGAUGAGUUGGCUGUGUCCACAUCUGCUGAGGGAAUUGUAUGUAAACAGAGAAGUGUUUUAACAUCAAAAUGGCUUGCCACAAACUUACAUAGCUUGAAUAUAUCUUGUAAGCUUUUGAAACUGUUUAGGACCUCUUACAGGGGUUUCUUUUUUAAAUAAGUUACUGUUUUAUCUGUUUUGUUUUUUAUUACAAAUUUUCAUAGUGUUUUCUUACCAGAUUAAAGUGCAGGAAACAACA